AUUCAGAAUCGAGAUGGAGAACAUGCUGGAUAGUGGGUAUUACAGGACAACCAGAUGGGCCCUCAAGUUGAUGGGCCAGUGGCCAUUCCAGUCACCACGAAGAAACAAAUUCUUCAAGUGUAUCACGCUCUCCCUCAUCACCAGCAUAUGCAUACCAACGAUGACCAAGUUCGUGGAGUCAUUGAAGGACAUAGAUAUAGUGAUGGAAUGUGUACCAAUGAUUGGAGUUUAUGGUACUGCAUACUUGAAGUACUUCACAUGGGUGUUCCAUCAUGACAGAAUGAAGGGACUGCUACUGUCAAUAGAAAGGGAUUGGAAGAAUUUGAAAAUCGAACGUGACAUUGAAUUGCUUGGGGAAUACUCGGAGCGAGCGAGAAGAAUGAAUAAUCUCUAUACAAGGCGCAUUUAGAGGGCAUUCAUAUCGAGGGGGCAUCUGAUAAUCGAGGGUCUGUACACGAGAGAUUGCAUUUGUGCGCUGAUAUGCAAACGAAUAUUCUUGAAUCGUGAUAAAAGAUGGUGAAAUAAGUGAAAUGAUCAGAUUUGCAUCGUUCAACAUCGGUACAAUUUUCCACUUAUUCUGGAGCAGCUGGCAAGGCCACACUCUCAUAGUCGAGAGUGAGAGUAUAUUUUUGUCAGUGUAAGUGAUCGAAGACUAUUAGCAUCCAUCAAUAAAUGAUAGCUGUUUUAUUUCAGUUACCAGAGUGAA